AUGGGCCCGUCCGAUGACAAGUCCCCGGUGCAGACUGCCCAAGAUCCUCUCGGGGUGAUCAAAGCUAUUCUGGGCACUGCUGCGGAGAUCAAGGCAUUGUUUGGUCUAGGAAUCGUGGGCCUUGCUGCCGCAGCGGGGAGGCACUCCCACACUGUGAGGCCCGUGGUUCGACUUUAUGACCGACUCCUCAAGGAAGCAGGGCCUUUGGUGGGCGCUCGGGUGAAGAUGAACGGAUCCCUACCGGUCCAGCUCUUCGGCAACCUCAACCACGGUGGCUCGGAGACCGAGUACGCCAUCGACACCUACUAUGAUAAGCAGCACCUGCGGGUCUUGCUACACAUUUGGCGUCUGCCCAUCGCCCCCAAGCCGUGCUACAUCAUCGUGGACCACUUCGAGGAGCUUCUGCGGCGAUUUCCGAAAGAGGCGUUGGAUUGGGCGAACUCCCUGACCAACACUCAGGGACCGCGCUUCAGCAAGUUGAGCCUGGAGCCUCCCUCCGGCGAGGGUGCGGACCUUGACCAGGACCUCUUCGGCAAGUGCGGCUGCAACAUCGGCCUGUUCAAGCAGGUGCUUGCCGAGAUCGACCGAAAUGGAGGAGGCGACGCCGUGCUCUGA